GUUUAAGAUAUUUUCCACCGAAUGAUGGUAAGUAACAUUAGUAUUAGCUAUGCGAGAGAUGAUUAGAGGGCAGGAGAGUGUUGUGGCAGUGUCUCUUGCUGUCAGUGGUAGGCUGUCAGCGGUACUGAUCACUGCUCUAGUGGUCUCUCAGCCAUCCUCUACGCACUCCAUCAUCAUAGUCCCUUCAUAUAAUGGUACAACCAUGAGUACUGGGGGUGCGGGGGAGAUAUAUGAUAUAGUCUCCAUAAAUAAAUCUCUUGAUGAGCUGGGCAUGUUAAGCACCAUCACUUCAAGUCGUAAGGAGUUUCUUCAAGAGUGCUUGAGAGACAGCAUGGAGAAGCUUAAUGUAGAGCAGCCUGGACCUUCUACUUCUCGUUGGGACUCCCAGAAAAGCCCCAAAAGCUCUGGAUCUUCUCACUCUGUCGAAAAGGAAAAUGCAAAUAUUGCAGGUUUUCAGGUUCUUACAAUGAAUUCAACUUUUAUCACAAGCUUUAAAGCUGGCUAUGAGCUACCUUGUCAUGGAAUCAAAGAGCCCUCCACAAAACGAGUGUACAAGUGUUGCAUUACCCGUAGACGUCGACUUAGGACUCACCCAUAUGAUAAUACUAGUAAUACCUGCACUGCAAUUUCAAGUACGAGUGAAGUCUCGGGAUACAACAGUGGAUCAUAUCGACUUAGAACAACCAGUCUUAGCAGUGGUACAUGUAAAAAGAAAACCUUCAGCAGUUACAGUAAUUCCACUUCUAGCGGUGGAAAUACAGGACAUGUGUUGGUCAGAUCUCGCAGCAUGGAAAAUUUAACUGCUUCCAUGGAUGAAGGGCUGAUUUUGACUUCAAAACCAAGAGAAUUGGAGACUGUAUCGAGAGGUAUUCAACAACUCAGAAUGGAUGAUUGUACAUGAGAAGGGGGGAUGAUGUGUUACUGAAACACUUGAAGGCCCAAGUAAUAAAUGUAAGGACUAGUUUGGUUUGUUGUAUUUAAAUAAAUAGUUUAUAAUCAGUUACAUAUGAAAGGAAAUAACCAAGUUAGUAAGAUAGUUCCUGGAAUAGUACACAUAACCUGGACUACCUUACUUUGUAAAGUUGUUAGAUAAUAAUAGACUGAAAUAAUGAAUAACCUUUGUAUUUAUUCAUAAGCUUUAACACUUUAAAGGUUUCAGAUGUAAUUGGAACAUUAAAAAUAUUUUGAACUAUUAUGUAAGUAAAACUAAUGACUGUACUAUAUUCUCAAUAAUUUAAUAGUAAAUAUAUACAUAUAUAUAUAUAUAUUAGAGUCCAGAUCUGAAGCCAAAGUGAUGCGAUGAAUUGUGACCCCUUACCUUUGUUUCUGGGUUAUGUUUCUCAUUUUUUUAUUCAAACCUUGUUAAUUCUGCCACAUGAAUUAAAAUGGAAACUUACAAAUUGACUCUGUAUGAGUCUCUUAUUUUCUGUUGAAAUUGUGAGUGUACAAAGUACUGUAUUUGUUCAGAUUAGAUUCUUUCUCAAUCUUUACAUUUUCUUAUUAUGAUAUAAUGUGUCUUAGUUUGGUGGGGUGAUUCAUUACCGAUUGGACCCGGCUUUGAUUUCCAGGCAGAGUGAGAUGUUUGAGCAUGUUUCUUUGCUUCUGAUAUGGUUAUUCAACUAGCAGUAAAUAGGUACUGUACCUAGAAGUUAGGCAACUGUUGUGGUUCCAUUCUAGGAAUGCUCAGUCUUUGGCCUAGAGGGACCUUUAUAAAUAUAACCCAGACAAUGGGAACUACUUAACUUUAUUAAUGUUUUGGCAUUGCCUGCCUGGGGAUGCCUCAGGUAUAAUGUAAUCAUUAACACAUUAAAUAAGACUGUAAAUUAGAGUAAGAGCAAUGAAUUAAUAUAAUGCUGGCAAGUGUUGUGCAACAUAUUUACCUGAGAGCCACCAAUACUAGUGGCCUUGACAAGAACAGAAAGCUGGUGGCUUGUCAAAGGUUCCCCCACCCUCAUUUGCCUUGAUGAUCUUUUCCAGUUGUACUUUAAAAGUUAACAGUUUUGGUUUAACAUAGGGUUGCUGUAUGUCUAGUGUGGUGUGUGGUGGUGGCCUUGAUGUGACCUCACACACUCGGAUCCUCUCAUUUGACCAGACUGAUAAUUUUGGGAUGCUGGACAUAGUCUUCCUGGCUUGGCACCUUCUUUUGAUAAUGACUUACUUACUUACUUGCUUACUUGGGGUACUGAAGCAACAAUUGUUGGUAUUGCUGCCAAACUUGUUGUCUCAUGUAAUGCUUGAUGAUCCCCAUCUACUUGGACUGGUUGAUAUAACAAUGAUCUUAAUUCUUGCAAGUCAGCAUUUGAUCCUUGAUGAACCAAUUGGUUGGGCUACUGUUCCUUUGUUUCAUCAUAUUCAGCUUCUCCUCCUCCUCCUCAUAUCCCUUGCAAGUGAUAUACAGUAUAGUCAUAAUAUCUUGGCUCUUUCUCCUCGUACUUACCUUGCCUCUUGUACAGUAGUUGGUUCAUUCAUUCUAAUGAGCCAUCUUAUUUCUAUAGACUUACGUUUUUUAUUUGAACACCUGUUGUCACCCCACUGAACCACGGUGUAUAUUGUAAUAAUGCAAAUUUAAAGCUUAAGAAAGAUUCUAUGUGAUGUGAAAUAAUUUAUGCAGCCAUUUUUAAUCAAGAUGUUAAAAGUAAAAUCUGCUUUCAUAAUUAACAGGUACUGUAUACAUAUCCAUGAAUACUUAUAUGGUGUAUAUAAAGUGUAACCUCAAUAGAACAAACUAAAUGGGAUGUGGGCCCAUUCUAAACUAUGAAGGAUUCUGUUUAUAUCAAGACUUACCAUUUUUUUGCCAUUAAUUGACUAAUUUUUUUUCAACACAAAUCACAACAAAAAUCACACAUACAACAUACAAUUUAUAGCAAGGAGGGUAAAACAUCCCAAACACACACAAAUAUUUUUUUGCAUUAAAAAUGACUGCUACUGUAUUCAUGUCUACAGCAUGCACAUUCGGACCUGCACGCAUACAGUGAGGCAGAGGGAGAGAGUAGCGAGUACAUAGGGGAACAUAGGACUCCACAACUGUAGCUCUCAUCCUCUUAACAAUUGCACUUACAGUACGUAAUUGCACAGAAUGACAAUACAUACAUACAGGGAUACAAUAUAUACAUUUACUAUAUGUACAUUCAUAAAUACAACAUACUGUACUGUAUAUACAAAGUCUUGCUGAGUAGAAGCCAGUUAUCUUAUGCUCAAACCACUGAAGUCACAAGAGUGAAAUAAUUGCUCAUAUAUAUAUGCCUCGUACCUGAACAUGCAGGCAGAAUAUUUAUUUCUGACAAAUGUGAGAGUCUGCUUUGUUAUAUUAACAAGUCGGUGUACUUUACUGUAUAUAAAUUUACAAUGUUUUGGUAAAAUACAGUAUAAGAAAUUUAACUGAAUCACAUUAAACUAAAUAAUAAAAUCUUCAAGGUGAGAAGUUUAGGGGGGGGGGGGCCUUAGUUUCCAAGAUUCCCACUGCAUUAAUCACACUGAUUGGAUGGUUUCUCAGAAUAAUCUUUUGUUAAAAUAUUUAAUGAUAAUGGUAGCAUUUUGCAAAAUUAAUUUGGCGCUGGUUUUGGACACUGUUUAUUAGUUUAAUGAUUAUUUAUACUUAAUGAUUAUAUCCGAGUAAGGUUUUUGAAGUUAUAGUUGUUCUAUUUUAGUAGUACAGUACUGUAAUGGGAACUGUAUACAGUAUCUAAGGAAGACAUAAAUUAAAAGUUAUGAUAAUUUAUUUGAAAUGGUCAUUGAAUAGUGAAAACUCAUUGUAUAGUAAUAAUGUAUAAGUGGCCUGGAAUGAUAGGAAUCGGUGAUAGCAAUGAUUACUGUCAGCCCUCAACCUUAAUGAGGCUUGUAUUUUUGGAAAACCAGGUGAAGAAUAAGUUUAAUUUAGGCGAAGGAAAAAAUAGAUUAGAUUUCAGAGGCCUCAAAUACCUGUAUUACGUUUUUCCACUUUCAAUAAAACGUAUUUCUGUUUAUACUAAAUUACAAUAGAUUCUUUAAGCAAGGUUCUGGAUGCUUGGGAAGAUGCAUGAUGCAGGAAUGUAAUUCAAAAGUAUGCAAAAAUGUAAGAUGGUUGUAGUGAGUCACAUGGAAAAUCAUGGUGUUUGACCAGUGGGUGCAUCUGGGACGAUACAGAGGUUAGGGUGGGACAAGUGAGGGUAACAGGAGAGUGGCACAGUGCAUCACCUUUACUUUCACUUAAAAAAUUCACAUGCCAUCAAAUUAAUCCUUUGAAAAUUUGCACACGGCCAAAUCCUGCUCAAGAUUUUGGUGUUGAACGCAAAUAUCUUUAUAUUGGUGCACUUGGAGAUUGCACAGAUUGAGGGUCAUUGGUAAUUAAGAACAGUUCAGUCUCAAAAUCACUUGCAGGUUUUGUGAAAGUCUUACUGAUGUUUCGGUGCAUCCAUCUCCUGGGGGCUCUGCUCUCCUUCAUCUUUUGGAUUGCAUCCCAGUUAUUCAAAUGCCUCCUCCAGGAGGGGUAGUUCAAUUAAUUUCCUUCUCUUUUAGAGGUGGUCUCUGUAAGUAGUCUUGCUUCUGGCUUCUGCAUUUUAUUAUUAUUAUUAUUAUUAUUAUUAUUAUUAUUAUUAUUAUUAUUAUUAUUAUUAUGUACAGUACUUUGGUGGUGUUCCCUUUCAAGGCAUGUUGACUGAUUGUGCUGUUGAUCUCUCUCCUUCUGUUUAUCUUAAUGGUGUGGAAAAUAGACGGGGCCUACUUCCUCUGGCUUUGUGGGCAGCACGGCCAUCUGCACCUGUUUGCCUCCAUUGAGUCAUGGAAGUUUCUAGUCUUUGGGGCAUCAGUUCCAGAUUGUACAGCAUUUGAAGAGGGUACAUUCUUUCUGACCUAGAGGAUAUGGACUUAUCCUUUCCUCUUUUUUUUUUUUCCAGUCAAACUGCUGUUUCCUAAGUUGCUUGGGUUGGGAACCAAGUGUGGGCCAUAUUCUUUGAGUUCAUAUACAGUUGUUUCUAAAUUAGCUCUCCUGGCUAUUCUCGCCCAAAACUCAAUUUUUUCUCACUUUAGGGAUCUGCCUCUUCUUUGGAUUCAAAAGAGUGUCCUUGCCUUCCAUUUGUUCUAUUCAUUUGACAUUCACCUUUUGCGUUGGUUAUCUUACGUGUGUUCUUUUCUGUCUUGCCUCUUCUUAUUUUGCAAGUUACUGCCUAUUACCUUGUCUUGUUCAGCCUUGGCAAAGUCUCUCUCACUGGCAUUGAUGGGGUGGAUAGGGAGUUGUACUAGCUUCUUUCUCUGGCUGUCAUGGAUAUUUAAUAUUCAGCAGGAGUCAUUUAUGUGUUCUGUCCUCUGGAUGCAGGGCAGUGUUUUUGCAUGGUCACCUUUGUUAUUUAUGUCCCUUGUUCCAAAGUGUGAAUGAAUGUGGGGUUUUGAGAGGAUUUUGGGCAGUUUUUGACCUGCAAUGUAAGGUCAUACUGUACUUUCUUGUCACUGACAAAUGGCAUCAGUUACCAGCUUCAAACUUUUGUUUUGACUUCCAGAGGAUCUGGGCAAACAUUAUAGACUCUGAAAUCUAGGCACCUGAAAUUAGAUCACACUACAUGCAACUAAAAUGUUCGAGAUAUGGCCAGGCUGACGAGGAAAAUUAUUUAUGUACAGUAUUGUGUCUGACAUUAUCUCAUUUUAUUUUGCUUUACUUGCAAUAUAAUGUUGAAUUUCAUGCAAAAUUUAUUUUUAUAUGGCAAAUCCAUUGAAUGCAUUUUUUCAGCAUUAUAUUACUGUUUUUCAGUUUGAGUUUGACAAGAAAUUAACAUUUUGCACAGUGUCCUAGUAUUGAAUAUUUAAUGUAUAGUGUAACUCUUUUUUUUGUGUUUAAUUGAUGUGCAUAGUAGUUACAGUACAUAAUGUAAGGUGUAAAAAUAUUAAGUAUCAAGUGUAUGUAACAGACAGUUGUGAUGUGGGAGUGUAAAGUAUAUGAGAGCGAUGUAAAAAUGACGAGUAUUUUUGAAAAGCAGUUUUAAGCUCAAAUUGCUAUUAUAGUACAAGGCUUUUCAGCUGUCUUACUGUGGUCAGCUCAUUUUUAGUACUAUCCAAUUAUGAUCAUAAAUUUCAUGUACAAUUUACAAGAUGGAAAUUAACAAGGUUUGAUUUUAUAAGUUUUAGUAGAGAUAAGCAUACUAAUGUUUUUUGUUUGUAGAAGGAAAAUUACCAUAUAAUGCCUCAUUGGUGUAAUUGUUUACUACCUUUACAAAAGGGUUUUGCAUUUAUAUAUAUAAUGCUUUUAUUGUACAGUAAUAUCUUAGCCAUUAUAAAAUUUAAUAUGAAUGUAUAGCCACUUUCUGAUGGUAUGUUUCUAGUAACAAAAAAAUAUAUUUAGUAAGUAACCUUUUGAUAAGAGAAUGUUGUUUACCGUUUAAGCAGUUAGAGGUCAAAUUAAGGAAUAUUAUAUGUUGAUGUUUUUAAAGAAUUUUUGUUUGUUUAUGCAGAACAGUGUUACCAUAUAAUUCUUUGCUUUAUGCACUUUCUCCAAGUGUAAUGCAUUAUAUUAAUUUUAAAAUUCAGUACUGUUUAGUAAUUUAUCGCUCAUGUAAAAUAUUACAAUAUUGUUCAUUCUUUGCCUGACUUAACAUUGUUUAUGUUGUCUUGCCUGACUCACAUACAACUAAUUAUGAACUCUGGUGUAUUUUUUCUACAUAUAAUAUAUACCUAAGUGUUGAUAGUUGAAAUGUAUCAAAUACAACUGACAUAUCAUCAUCCCAUAGCAUUGGAUAGUAUUUGAGUGAUAUCUAAUAGAAUGCCAUCCAAAUGUUCAAAUUAAAGAAUGGGACUAUACUUGAAUAUCCGCAGAUAAGUCAUAAAUUAAGUGUCAAUAAAUGGAUUAUUGUCCGAGCGCCGUGGCCCGUGACAACAGCGGCAGUUGAUCUCGAGUGUAAUCUAGCGGAACAUUAUUCGUGUGUCAUAUAGAUUGCUAUUUUAGAACCGGAAACUAAAAUAAUGCAUAAGUGGCAUCACACUAAGAGGUAUAGUUAAGUAUAUCUUGAGUACUGUAAGAAUAUUAUUAAAAUAUAUGUUGCCAAGUACAGUAUUGUAGAUUGUUACUCCAGUAUCACCAUAGAGAAUAUUACAUCAGUGUUAUCAGAGAAAAUGCAUUUCCUGUGUUGUCUGAGAGAAUGUUUCUCAUGGGUCACCAGAAAGUCUUUCUCAUGUGUCACCGGAGAGUUUCUCAUGUGUCACCGGAGAGUUUCUCAUGUGUCACCGGAGAGUUUCUCAUGUGUCACCGGAGAGUUUCUCAUGUGUCACCGGAGAGUUUCUCAUGUGUCACCGGAGAGUUUCUCAUGUGUCACCGGAGAGUUUCUCAUGUGUCACCGGAGAGUUUCUCAUGUGUCACCGGAGAGUUUCUCAUGUGUCACAGGAGAGUUUCUCAUGUGUCACCGGAGAGUUUCUCAUGUGUCACAGGAGAGUUUCUCAUGUGUCACCGGAGAGUUUCUCAUGUGUCACAGGAGAGUUUCUCAUGUGUCACCGGAGAGUUUCUCAUUUGUCACAGGAGAGUUUCUCAUUUGUCACAGGAGAGUUUCUCAUUUGUCACAGGAGAGUUUCUCAUUUGUCACAGGAGAGUUUCUCAAGUGUCACCGGAGAGUUUCUCAUUUGUCACAGGAGAGUUUCUCAUUUGUCACAGGAGAGUUUCUCAUGUGUCACCGGAGAGUUUCUCAUGUGUCACCGGAGAGUUUCUCAUUUGUCACAGGAGAGUUUCUCAUGUGUCACCGGAGAGUUUCUCAUUUGUCACCAGGAAGAGAUACUCUUGUCUCACUAGAGAGAAUGUCAACAGUACCCUUUCCUGAUCUAUCAUUUGUAUAUGUUCUUUUACUUUUUCAGUGUGGAAUUAACAAGAUGUAUGUGUUAACUCCCAAAAUUAAAUGCACAAUAAGAGUAUCAUAUGCAGAUCUUACCUUUGCUUGUAUUUGUAAUACUGUAUCUAUUGUAAUACAGUAAUGCAUCUUUUGUUGAAAUCUAGUGUGCACCUGCAUUUAUUAUGAAUUUUGUUUGUGACUGUCAUUUUCAUGUUAAAUACUGUAUGUGUACCAUCUGAGUGCACAAGGGACAUUCUUGAAUGUGUGAGUUUGCAAUAUUUAUUUUGAGGUAUGUUUAUUCAGUUGUGUUUGUAUUGGGAAUGAGCUCGAGUUUUUGACUCUGGCACUUAACCAUUCAACUAGUGUGAUCACUUCCCCGUCCCUCCCUCCCUGCCUCCUUCCCAGUCCCAUGAGCUUUGUUGUAUUGGAGAGUAUUUUCAUUUCAAUCUUUGUAUGGAGUUUCCUGCCAUUACCACCUUUACUGGUUCAUUCCACUCACUUCUCAUAUUUUGAAACGUUAUUAUAACUCUAGCUCAUUUGGGUGUUCAGUUUCCAUUCUUAUGGGUAUGUGUGGAUGUUUAAGGCCUGUAGGGGAGUAGGAGUUUUAUAUUUUAAACAUAAAAUUAGAAUUUUUUGUCAUUAAAAUCCACUCAAAGUAUAACAUGUUUGAUAUACUGUGGAUUAAAAUCCACAGUACUGUAUAUCAAACAUGUUAUAAUUUAUGCAUUAUGAUCUGUUAGAUCAGUCAUAGUCAGGAUUAGUUUUAGAAAGCUUGUAUUAAAACCUAGCAAAAUGACCCCUAACAAAUUUAUGUAUUAGCUGAAGCUUGUUCAACAUACAUUGCUGCUGUAUGUUUUUUCACAUGAAUGUAUUACUGUAUGUCAGAAUGAGUAGCCAUUGACCUCAGUUCCUACAGUACUGUAACCAUUGAAAUGCAGCCUUAGUCUCUGCCUCCCUUGUGCUCUUGCUUGAUUUUACCUGAGGGCUAUCAUCUUGCUAGUGACCUCAUUGAGGACAGGAAGCCGGUGGCUUGUCAAAUGUGUCAUGAUGAUUUUAUUCAGUUGGAUUGUAGCAAUGUUUUAACAUUUACAGCUUUGGUGGGCUGGGUUUUUCACCCAUGGGUUUAUAACCCUAUGGGUGAAAAAACAUCCCUUGUCUUCUGUCCUACAUUGUGGCUUGUUCUGAACCCUCAUAUUUUGCUUCUCAUAUAUAUUUUUUGCAUUUUACUUAUAUAUACAGUACUUUAGAUAGAUGUUAGCUGCUCCACCUUUUUAAUUACCUUCACUAAUCAUCUGAAUUCUUUGGAAUUUAAAGUCUGUAUUGCUGACUUUCUAUAUGAAUAUGGAAUUUGAUGGCUUCAUAUUUGAUACCUUUGGUUUCAGUGUAACAAGUGUCAACGGUAAAAGCUUUUACCAAACCAAAUUAAAUAUUAAUGUUCAUUAUACACAAUUUAUGCUCAUUAAUAAACUGUCCAGUAUAAGUACAAAAGUAGAGUUCUGUAAUUUUCCAAACAAUUAUGUAAAUGCCAUAAUUAAUGCAGUUCAGCUUUGCAUUUUAUAUAAUUGAAAAUUGUACUUUACUCUAAUAUUUAUGCCACACUAUUUGACUGAUAAUUCCUCCCUGAAGCAAAAAAAAAAAAAAAAAAAAAAAGAGUUCAAACUAUAAUAGUACAGUUUUGCAUUGUUUACAAAAAAAAAAGACGAAGAAUUUCAUUGUUUACACGUUCAGGAACAACGUGAAUUACAGUGAUCGAAUAUGUCGUGUACUAGAGCACCAACUGUGCAGUUGGCAUAGUGAUGCCAUAUAUUCUGCCCAGUUAUUAGAAGAUACAAUGUAUUAUAGUACAGUAAAAAUCUCCUGAUCAUAUCAGCAGUGGUAUUACAUUUGGGGACCAUGCUUUUCUGAUGAUUUGAAAGUCAUGUUAAUGUAUAUGAUGUAUUUCUUUUAUGUGUAUAUGAAUUGAAUACAUCAACAUAGAAAAUUUGAUGAGGUAUUGAAUCCAGUGUGAUACAAUGUAGAAAUUUUUAAAUUAUUAUUCAUGGAAUUAUGAGUUGUAUAGUGUUGCAAGAAACCGUGACUAGUAUUUUUCACAAGUAAAAAUAUACCAGAGUUGCCUUUAGGAUAUACUUUACUAAAACUUUAUGGAUUAAUUUAUUAUGUAUUAGUUUACGAGAGGGAUUUGUGUUGAGUGAAGGCCGAGAUCCACAAGCGUGCGUUGUACAUUUUAUAUUUCCCACAAGUGUGUUCUCUGCUGAAGUCACUCCUAUGCACCAUUUUGAUUUGUUACAGUCAAAUCUAUACAACUAUAUACAGUAAUUAAGUUUAUACAAUAAACUUACUAUAAAAUAUAAAA